AUGAUUCGCUCAACACAGAUUUCGAGGCUAGAUGGCCUCAUGCUUUGCGCUUCCGUCGACGACGAGUCCCAGUCCGACGCCGCCGCCCUCAACGAAGUCAAGCAGCAGCUCCGCCAAAUCCUCCGCAAACUCACCCGCAACUCCGAGUCCCAAGCCAGCAUCGAGUCCUCGUCCCUCUUCACAAUCCACUACCUCAUCGACUCCGACGUCGUCUUCCUCUGCAUCUGCGAGCGCUCCUACCCGCGCAAGCUCGCAUUCACCUACCUCGCCGACCUCGCCCGCGAGUUCACAACCACAUACACCCCGCAGGCCAUCCACAACCCGGCCCUCCGCCCCUACGCCUUCAUGGAGUUUGACAACUUCAUCGCGAAGACGCGUACCACCUACGCCGACGCCCGCGCCGCACAGAACCUCGAUAAGCUCAACGACGAGCUGCGCGACGUCACAAAGAUCAUGACCAAGAAUAUCGAGGACCUGCUCUACCGCGGCGACAACCUCGAGCGCAUGGGCGAGAUCAGCAGCCGUCUGCGGGAUGACAGCAAAAAGUAUCGCCGCGCUGCGGUGCGCAUCAACUGGGAGCUCAUGCUCAAGCAGUACGGCCCCUUUGCCGGCCUGGGCUUCUUCAUCCUGAUUUUCAUCUACUGGCGCUUCUUUUAG